AUGGCUGACCUCUAUCCCUCCCUGGCGCAAACCGCCGUGGUUGCUACGGCCUUCAAGCUGCUUCUCUUCCCCGCAUACAAGUCGACUGACUUCGAGGUCCACCGCAAUUGGCUGGCCAUUACCCAUUCCCUCCCGCCCAAAGAAUGGUACUACGAGAAAACGUCAGAAUGGACUCUCGACUACCCACCAUUCUUCGCAGCUUUCGAAUGGCUGCUGUCACAAGCUGCGUCUUAUGCGGAUCCUUUGAUGCUGGUCGUCCAGAAUCUUAAUUAUGAUUCCUGGCAGACCGUCUACUUCCAGAGAACAACGGUUAUACUCAGUGAACUGGUUCUUCUGUAUGCGUUGAAUCGCUUUGUGGCUUCGGUCCCCUUAGCUAGCAAGCACCUUGCCCAUAUUGCCAGUCUCUCGAUUCUCCUCUCUCCCGGGCUGCUCAUUAUCGACCACAUCCACUUCCAGUACAAUGGUUUCCUCUACGGAAUCCUCGUUCUGUCGAUCGUUCUCGCACGCAAGCAGUCUACUCUCCUUUACAGCGGGAUUUUGUUCGCUAUCCUGCUCUGCUUCAAGCACAUCUACCUCUACCUCUCGCUCGCCUACUUCGUCUACCUACUGCGAGCAUACUGUCUCGACCCUAGGUCUAUUUUCCGGCCACGGUUCGGUAACAUCAUCAAGCUGGGCGUAUCAGUUGUAGGCGUUUUCGCUGCCGCAUUUGGACCCUUUGUGUACUGGAACCAGUUGCUUCAGUUGAAAGAUCGUCUGUUCCCAUUCUCUAGGGGAUUGUGUCACGCGUACUGGGCACCUAACAUCUGGGCGAUGUACUCAUUUACGGAUCGCGUUCUCAUUCCACUUGCGCCUCGCCUGGGACUCAGUGUCAAUCACGACGCCCUCAGCAGCGUCACCCGAGGUCUGGUUGGAGAUACAUCGUUCGCAGUCCUCCCGGAGGUUACCAAGGAGCAGACAUUUGCUUUGACAUUCAUUUUCCAACUGCUCCCCUUGAUCAAACUCUGGUUCCGACCCGACUGGGAAACGUUUGUUGGCGCACUCACGCUUUGCGGAUAUGCCUCCUUCCUCUUCGGAUGGCACGUCCACGAAAAGGCCGUUCUCCUUAUCAUCAUCCCCUUCAGCCUAAUCGCUAUAAGAGACCGACGAUACUUCGGAGCAUUCAAACCCCUCGCAGUGGCCGGCCAUGUCUCUCUCUUCCCGCUCCUCUUCACUGCACCCGAAUUCCCCGUCAAGACAGUCUACACGAUCCUAUGGCUGGUCCUUUUCUUAUUUGUCUUCGACCACGUGGCUCCGCCAUCAACCCGGCCGCGGGUCUUCCUCCUGGACCGCUUCUCCUUAUUCUACAUCACGAUCGCCAUCCCGCUCAUCGUGUACUGCUCGCUUGUUCAUCAGCUCAUUUUCGGAUUCGGUAGAUACGAGUUCUUACCGCUGAUGUUCAUGAGCAGCUACUCUGCUCUCGGAGUCGUAGGGAGCUGGGUGGGGUUCAUGGUGGUGUAUUUCACCGCAUAG